CCCUGGGCCUCGGCCUCGGCCUCGCCAUGCUCUGCCGGGGCGCACGGCGAUUGCGGACCCUCCCGCUGUGGAGCUCCCCGCCGCGGGGCUCCUCUGGAGGCCCGCGCUCCCUCUGCAGCCAGGACGGAGGGCAGAAACCACCCUUACCUGCAGAAACACAGUGGAAAGACAGGGCAGAGACAGUGAUAAUUGGAGGCGGCUGUGUUGGCGUGAGUCUGGCUUAUCAUCUGGCCAGAGCGGGGAUGAAAGAUGUGGUCCUCUUGGAGAAAUCGGAGCUCACGGCUGGAUCUACCUGGCACGCAGCAGGUUUAACAACUUACUUUCAUCCUGGAAUUAACUUGAAGAAAAUACAUUAUGAUAGCAUCAAACUUUAUGAGAGACUGGAAGAAGAAACUGGGCAGGUGGUGGGCUUCCAUCAGCCAGGCAGUAUCAGAAUUGCUACAACCCCUGUAAGGGUAGAUGAAUUUAAAUAUCAGAUGACUCGAACUGGCUGGCAUGCAACAGAACAAUACAUUAUUGAACCUGAAAAAAUUCAAGAGAUGUUCCCUUUACUCAACAUGGACAAGAUUUUGGCUGGACUGUAUAAUCCUGGAGAUGGUCACAUCGAUCCUUAUUCUCUUACUAUGGCCUUGGCGGCUGGGGCUAGGAAAUACGGGGCCCUUUUAAAAUAUCCUGCCCCAGUGACUUCUCUGAAACCCAGGUUGGAUGGGACAUGGGAUGUGGACACACCACAGGGAUCAGUGAGAGCAAACAGAAUCGUCAAUGCUGCAGGAUUUUGGGCUCGUGAAGUAGGUAAAAUGAUUGGACUCGAACAUCCUCUCAUUCCGGUUCAACAUCAAUAUGUUGUUACAUCGACUAUACCUGAAGUGAAAGCUUUGAAACGAGAACUCCCUGUUCUCCGUGAUCUGGAAGGAUCUUAUUAUAUCCGACAGGAAAGAGAUGGGCUUCUCUUUGGUCCAUAUGAAAGUCAGGAGAAAAUGAAAGUUCAGGACACCUGGGUCACCAGCGGAGUCCCUCCAGGUUUUGGAAAAGAACUCUUUGAGUCUGAUCUGGACCGAAUCAUGGAACAUGUCAAAGCUGCCAUGGAAAUGGUUCCAGUCUUAAAAAAGGCUGACAUCAUCAAUAUCGUCAAUGGCCCUAUCACCUACUCUCCUGAUAUCCUGCCUAUGGUGGGGCCCCAUCAGGGGGUCAGAAACUACUGGGUGGCUAUAGGUUUCGGAUACGGCAUAAUCCACGCCGGUGGAGUAGGGAAAUACCUCAGUGACUGGAUCCUGCAGGGAGAACCGCCAUUUGACUUGAUAGAAUUGGAUCCCAAUCGCUAUGGCAAAUGGACGACGACUCAGUACACGGAGGCCAAAGCGAGAGAGUCAUAUGGAUUCAACAAUAUCGUUGGUUACCCCAAAGAAGAACGAUUUGCCGGGAGGCCAACGCAGCGAGUCAGUGGGCUCUACAAGACCCUGCGGUCUAAGUGUUCCAUGGGGUUCCAUGCAGGCUGGGAACAGCCACACUGGUUCUACAAACCAGGCCAGGACACUCAGUACAGGCCAAGUUUUCGACGCACAAACUGGUUUGAGCCUGUGGGCUUGGAGUAUAAACAGGUUAUGCAAAGAGUAGGGGUGAUUGACCUGUCACCGUUUGGCAAGUUCAACAUCAAAGGCCAAGACUCCAUUAAAUUGUUGGACCAUCUCUUUGCAAAUGUCAUUCCAAAGGUGGGUUUUACAAACAUCAGUCACAUGUUAACACCUAAAGGUCGAGUGUAUGCUGAGCUGACUGUUUCUCACCAGUCUCCCGGGGAGUUUCUAUUAAUAACUGGUUCUGGAUCAGAACUUCAUGAUCUUAGGUGGAUUGAAGAAGAGGCUGUUAAAGGUGGAUAUGAUGUUGAAAUUAAAAACAUAACUGAUGAACUCGGGGUCCUUGGAGUUGCAGGGCCUUAUGCAAGAAAGGUCCUUCAGAAACUGACCUCUGAAGAUCUUAGUGACGGUGUUUUCAAGUUUCUCCAAACCAAGUCACUAAAGGUUGCCAACAUUCCUGUCAUUGCUAUUAGGAUAUCUUAUACUGGUGAGCUGGGCUGGGAGCUGUACCACAGACAAGAGGAUUCUGCGACACUUUAUGACGCUAUAAUGAAUGCAGGCCAGGAGGAGGGAAUUGACAAUUUUGGGACAUAUGCCAUGAAUGCCUUAAGAUUGGAGAAAGCUUUCCGAGCCUGGGGGUCAGAGAUGAACUGUGACACAAACCCUUUGGAAGCUGGACUGGAAUACUUUGUCAAGUUGAAUAAGCCAGCAGACUUCAUAGGAAAGCAAGCACUGAAACAGAUUAAAGCCAAGGGGCUGAAACGGAGACUGGUCUGCCUCACCUUGGCAACGGAUGAUGUUGAUCCGGAGGGAAAUGAAAGCAUCUGGUACAACGGGAAGGUUGUUGGCAACACAACAUCUGGAAGUUACAGUUACAGCAUCCAGAAGAGUCUGGCUUUUGCUUAUGUCCCUACGGAGCUGAGUACAGUGGGACAGCAAGUGGAGGUGGAGUUACUAGGCAACAAUUACCCCGCGGUCAUCAUCCAAGAGCCCUUGGUACUGACAGAACCAACCAGAAACCGGCUCCAGAGAAAAGGUGGAACAGACAAAACCUGAAAAAGUCCGUUACCCGUCAUCUGAAUUACGGCUGCUGUAAGACUGUAUCUGAACGUGUUCUAAUUGGUUCACAGGGGGAUAGGGAAUUCACUUUUUUUUUUUGAGAAUUCAUUUCAAAGUCAUUAAAAUCUAGAUUUAGGAUCUUAACAAAAACCUUUCUCUAAUUUGUUUUCUUGGCAAGAUGGAAUAAUAGAUUAGUAACUUACAUUGUUCGAAUGAACAAAUUUGAAGCGAAUGUUUUCUGUUACCCCAUGUUGUUGUUUAUGCAGUUCAAUCAGAAAAAACUUGAGGUGUUUGCUAAUAUAUGGUCAAGAUUAUAACUGAAUUAAAGCACAGCAUAUAAUUUUAAGGACAUAGGCAUAUAGUGAUGGCAAAAAGGAAAUGAAUGCAUUAUCUUUUACAUAAAAACAAAUUCAAUAUCGCUGAUAGAUCUACUACACUGAGCUCUCCUUAAGUGCAGUGAAUGAGUGAGAGUUUUAAGUUUUCAUACUAUAUGAUGAAAAUAGUAAAACUUAGUAUUGAUGUGUCACUAACAUUUUUAUUCGAUUCUCUUAAAUAUUUAUUACUUUUAAAUAACUUCCCUGAAAGAAGUUUCAAAGGACAUUAUUAUUGUCCUUUCAAAGGUUAUUUUAGAAGAGAAAUCUCAAAAAAGAAGAGUCUUCCAAAGGAGGCGGAACUUGAAAAUGCUUAGAAAUGAAGCUGAAACAUAAAUAGAUUAUGCCAGGACAAACACGGUGUGAAUACUGAACAUCUCUCUCUGGGAAGGAGUUAAUGCAAGUUGACAUCACAUGGCGCUAUUCUGAAUAUCAUUUCACAAAGCAUUUGACAAAAGCAGGUCAAACAAAAGCUGAGGAGUUGACAGGAGUGCCCUUACUGCUAUGUACAACAA